AGGCAUUGGUCUGUUCAAAAAUUGUCUACAUGGCGAGUCGCUUCGUGCACAUGGCUAUGCAUGGAGCGCCUAAAGCAACACGACAUGCAGCUAAGUUCUUAACCGUCGAUCACGGUUCAUUAUGAGUCAUUCCGCAUAUAAGCCAAUCAAUCCCUCGCGAACAAGGAAUAAAUACAACAUCAUCCACUGGCGGACUCGUUCCACCACCACACGUUAACGUCUUCUCAACAACACAUCUUUCACGAGAUCAACGCUAUGCCUCACCGAACGCCCGACGUCGUCCUCGCAGACCGAUUCACCAAAACGCUUCAUACAGAUGCAACCCCUGCGCUCGAUCCAGCAAACAACAAAAUCACCGCGUCCUUAGCCGUCUGCAUAAUCGGUGCAUCCCGUGGGAUCGGCGCCGGUAUCGCGCAUGCAUACGCUUCAGCUGGCGUAUCAACGCUCAUCCUCUGCGCGCGCCCCUCUUCAUCGCAAGAACUCAGCUCCGUCGAACAGCGCUGCAAAGAACUAAAUCCCUCCAUCCAAACCCUCUGUGUCGGCGUCGACAUCACAAGUUCGGAAAGCGUCGCCCAACUAGCGCAGAGAAUAAAAGAACAGGUUGGAAAACUAGACAUCGUGGCCCUGAAUUCGGGGUAUUCUGGUCCCGUGGUCCUCAAAGUAACAGAAGGGAACCCGCAGGAUUUCCAGGACGUUUUCGAAGUGAAUGUGCAGGGGACUUAUCUUCUUGCGCACCACCUGAUCCCGCUGCUCGUAGAGAGUAAGGGAGCGAGGACGUUCAUCGCGGUGGGAAGCUUUGCGAGUUGUAUUACAAGCGGGCAUAUCGCGAAUACAGCGUACUGCAUUUCGAAACUGGCGCAGGAAAGAUUGAUAGAAUUCAUUAACGAGCAAUUCGGGAAAGAAGAGGAUGGCGGGGUGAUGGCUGUUGCGGUGCAUCCUGGUGCUGUGAAGACGGAGAUGGCGGAUCGCACGACGCCGGAUAGUUUCCGGAAAUACCUCACUGAUGAUGCUGGCUUGUGUGGGGCGUUUUGUGUCUGGUUGAGUCAGGAGAGGCGCAUGUGGUUGAACGGGAGGCUGUUGAGCGCUACGUGGGAUGUUGAUGAGCUGCUGGAGAAGAGGGGGAAGAUUGAGGAGCAGGAUCUGUUGAAGUUUGGGUUGAGAGUGGGAGACGCUUCUGCGGCGUAGGCUUGGGUUAAUCCGUGGUUCGGACCUCGUGCCUUCGUCUCGUCUUUCUCUUUAUCCCACGUCGACUGACUGCGCAACGUGCUAGGCGUUAGCGCUGGAGCUGGAAGAGCGGCCGCUGUGGCAGCUCCUCGACUGCAUCCGGUGGUCUAGCACCUGAUAGGCCACAACCAAUUCCAUCGCGUCCCUCGCUGCGGGUCUUCGUCCUCUCGACCCUCUCGGACCCUCCUUCAACCUACUCCUUUGCGCCUACA